AGAGCUGCAUGUCUUCUCUUGAGUCUCAACGAGAACAGGUAUAAGAUCGGCGCGGCCAAGUCGAAAAGGCUUGAGGGACGAGCGUUUCCGACUAUUGCAUUUCAAGGAUUUUUUUCAUAGCAACUUCGUGUAUAUUGGACAAUCAUACUUCUGUCGGCGAUACCAUGAAGCUCGUUCAAAUCCUUUACCUCACAAUCCUUACCACUUUCAGUGUCGCUACCAAUCCUACUAGGGUGGAGGUACCACCGCCACAGUCAAGCUUAAACUGCCCUAACGUAGAACCCCGGAACUGCAUUAAAACAUAUCCGAAAUGCCCGGCAAUCUCACCAGUGCCUUUCGAAACAACGGAGCCUGAGUGCUGGGUAGGGUUUCUAUGUUGCAGCAAACCUACCUGUGAGGUAUGCCUCUCCAUAGAGGCUCCCUGUAAUUGCCACAAGAGGUCCAUGCCCUUUCCUUAGCGUACUGCCUAUGUACUCCCAGAGGUUCGCGAGGGUAGGUAUAAACCUCGCGAGGCCGUGCGGCACCCUCGCUGUUUAAAAUAGAUGGUUCAUAUGUUUUACAACACAUGUUUCAAACACGGUGAAUUCUCAAUACUAUUAUGAUGGUGCGAC